AUUCAUUGAUCACGUGAUCUUCGUCGUGCGGGAUAAUGCGGUUUGCGCGCACGCGUAUGCGUAUGCGCGAUGCACGCCGUGUGCGGGAUUGUAGGCGUGCUCGCUUUGCGUUCAAUAUCUUGUACAUAUACCUGGAAUGCAAUAUAGCGUGUGAGCUGUUAAGGUUUGGGGCCUUGCCCAAGGGCCCAGCAGUGGCAGUACUGGUGCACACGAGGCUUGUUAAUGUAAACAACCUCUGGGGUACUGAUCAUAAGAUGUUCAUCACAUGAAAAGGCAAGUCUGCAGUGAGUCAUUUAUCUGCUUGUUUGGGAAGGAGACGAGAAGUGCUGCAAAUGGAGAAUGGAGGCUCAGGACACAUGAUGACAGAUCCAGUCACCUUAAACGUUGGUGGUCAUUUAUACACCACCUCUUUAUCUACUCUUCAGCGUUACCCAGACUCUAUGUUGGGUGCCAUGUUCCGUGGUGAUUUUCCCACAGCACAAGAUGCCCGGGGAAACUUCUUCAUAGACCGUGACGGCCCACUGUUCCGUUACAUCCUGAAUUUUCUGAGGACUUCAGAACUGACUCUUCCAUAUGAUUUCAAAGAGACAGAGCUUUUGCGCAAAGAAGCAGAUUUCUAUCAGAUAGAGCCACUAAUCCACUGUUUAAAUGACACAAAACCUUUAUAUCCCUUGGACACCUUUGAGCAGGUGGUGGAACUUUCCAGUAUUCGAAAGUUGUCCAAGUACUCAAAUCCGGUAGCUGUCAUUAUUACCCAAGUCACCAUCACCACCAAAGUCCACAGUUUGCUGGAGGGCAUUUCUAACAGCUUUACACGCUGGAACAAACACAUGAUGGAUACUCGUGAUUUUCAGAUAUCCUUCACCUUUGGACCUUGUGACUACCAGCAGGAGGUGGCACUUAGGGUGCACCUUGUGGAAUACAUCUCCAAGCAGGGAUUUACUAUCAGGAAUGCACGGGUACAUCACAUGAGCGAGAGGGCCAAUGAGAACACUGUAGAGCACCACUGGACCUUUUGCAGGUUGGCACGCAAACUUGAGGACUGAAUUCUUGAUGAGUUAGACUUUGAGUGGUUCUCAAAGAUCAGUUAGGGUUUUUUUUUCGUUUAUUUUAAUUUUAAAAGAAAGUCAGAAAUAAAAUGCUUUAUGGCUCCGAAAAUUGUUAAAAUAUUCUCAUAAAUGUAAAACAUUUAAAUAUUGGGAUUGUGUUAAUUUUACUGAUAAAUGGCUCCAUGCCUUUAAACAUUUUUGAAUGGCCUUGUCUUGUUGCUCAUAUAUUCUAACUUAUUCUUUAGCCUUUGCAGUUUCAUCCCAUCGGUAAUCAAUUUUGUGUCACUCUUUUGUGCUGAUCAGUAUUUCAUAUUUUUGUCCCCGAUGAAAGUAAAAACGAAUGCGAUCAUCCAUUAAUGCUAGAACAUGCUCUUAUGCCAAAUACACAGAAAAAUUAAGUACUGAUCACAAUGAAACAAUGAUCGUUAUGUUAAGAUCAAGAGAGAAUUAUGUCGUGAUCACGAGAAAACAAGGGAAAAAAAAAUUAGAGUGCAUAGCCUCUGAGGACUUUUGUGUAUUAAUCAACGAAAAUGUUAAUAAUGUAAAAAUUAAAUCGGAACUGCACACUUUGCGAGAUAAAUAGAUGAAGAAUUGCAUAAAUUUUAAUCGUUUUCCAGCUAUUUGUUUUCAUUUGUGUUGUCAGACUGCUCACACCUCACACACUCCCAACAAUCUGGGCAUUCAUGUGAAUUCUUCACUUCUCUAAGCCAAGACAAAUCUGACAUUUUUGUAAUUUUUUAUUUAUUCAUUUUUUUAAGGCUUACCACACUUGCUAACUCCGUGUGAUAACAAUCUAGCAUGCGACGUUAUGUCUAAUCAGAACUUUUUACGGAUUUCUUUAGCAAUCUGUGGCAUGACUGACAGCAUUUUGGGUCCUUCCCUUAUGCUGCAUAUAAACAAAGGAUAAAACCAGCAUUAGUAGAACAAAUUAUUUACAAAUCACGCUUUUACUAUUCAGGAUGAGAUCAGCAAAGACAAAUCUGGUGUGUGAAGUUUGUACUGGAGCAACAAGGCGAGUGUAACUAGAAAGUAAGGGAAGCUUAUAUCUGCAUACCUUACACCGAUCCACCUCAACAUCUAGUCUUUUCUAUUACUUCUAAUUCUAUUGUGUUCUAUUUUGUACAUCUUUUUGCUGUACAAUAAUUUUUUUUUAUAAAAGGACUUUUAUUAUUAUUAUUAUUUUUAAUUAUUAAAAUUAUUUUCUUAAUUUUGUAUAAAUAGUAAUUGUGUAUGUUGAUCUGUUGUAUGAUACUGUAUAUUAUAAAAGCAUGAUUGCAUGCACUUUUUGGAAAUUAGGGACUAUUGACAAACUGGGUUUUAGCCUCUGUAACAUUUUCACAGUAUCCUUUUAUGUACACUUGUCAUCCUUUCGUUCUGGAUUCUGCCUCUUUCUUACCCUUACGUCACUAUCACAUACACAUCAUAUAACUAUGGCAAUAACUGCAAAUUCUGUGCAAGUAAUAAGUAGUAAGUGUGGUAAAUGCCACACCUGUAAAAACAUGUUUGCCUUCUUUAAUGGCUGGGACAGUUAUGAUGUCAAUAAUGUUAAUCUAGACAAACUUUUAAUUAGUAAUUUACUAGUAAUAUGCAAUAUAUAUAUAUAAUCACGCAGCUCAAUAAACACAGCAGGAUUGGAAUUUGUUCAGCUAAGCUUUACAGAAAAUGUAUAUAACGAUUAUUUGUAUAUAACGAUUUUUUUCUUUUUAUAGCUCAGGAAAAGAUUGCUCAGUUGCUAACAUGUAGGUCACAUUUGAAUGUACUACUCAAUUAUUUAUUUAUUUUGUUACAAGACUUGUGAACUUUUGAAUUUGUGUGACACGAUAACUUUGGAAUUGGAAAAGAUCUUCUGAAAUGGUAUCGAAAUGGUAACUGAACACAGUGCAAUUUAUUCGCCUUUAGCCUUUAGCAGAAUGUUGCUACAUAUGUGUAAAAUCAGGUGUUUUAGUCAGAGCAUGGUUUUGUUUGUUCCAAAAAAGAGCCAAAGUUUCAGAUUUUUAUGAGAUUUAGAAAAUGAAUGUCGUUUACUUUCUAGAUUUCAGAUCACUCGAAAGACUGAACAUUGUUAAGUAGGAAGCAAAACCAAACGUAUUAAAAUGUUCAGGUUCAGCAUUUUGGCUAUGUUCCAAAUGAUGGUUAUGAGUAGUUACUGAAACGCCAUUUUUAGACUUUACACCCCUGCAUUGAAUAAUCUCAGGUUCUAUAAAAGUACACAAAUUAAUUGGGGCUGCUGAUAGUAAUUUAUAAAAUAAAUAAAUAUGUAUCAUUGAUGGGACUUUAAAAGACUGAAUGCUUCAUGUCUUUUAUACAGUAUAUAAUCAAAUGUUUGUAGACACCUGACCAUCACAGCCAUAUGUGAGUUUUGACCAUCUCAUUCCAGAAUUAGGUUCCGUUUGCUGUUUAAAUAAGCGUCACUCUCAUAGGAAGGCUUUCCAACAUUUUUUGGAGCAUAGCUAUGUACCAAUUCAGCCACAGGAGCAUUAUUGGGGUUAGGUACUGAUGUUGGAUGAGGAGGUAUAAAUUGCAGUUGGACUUCCAAUUAAUCCCAAAGGUGUUCAGUGGGAUUGAGGUCAUAGCUUUGUGCCAUUUAGGUUCUUUCACUUUAGCCUCGAAAUAUUAUGCCUUCAUAUACACUUUGUGCACAGGAACAUGUUUGGAGGCUUGUUUACAAUAUUGCUAUACCAUCCCUAUACAAAAAUCCUAUACAAUUGUGUACUUCCAAGUUGUAGCAAUAUAGAAAAGAACCAUAUAUGGGGGAAAUGGUCAAGUAUACACAAGCAUUUGGCUUUAUAGUGUUUCUAUAUGAAUAUAUCUGUUUUUAUACUAAAUGUGUACAGACGCUCCCCACAUUACGAAAAUUCACUUUACAAACUUUCGUGGAUACGAACAAACCUGUCCUCAAAGUGAAAUUUGUUCAGAGUCGAAAAAAUUCAAAACAAACGAGAACCGCAGCUAGCUAGUCGUCGACCGUAGCGAGUCUACAUGAUGCGCACUGGAUUCGGCGAAUGUAUUUUUUCAAGUGACAUUUUUUUUAAUACAUUGUUUUGUUUUGUUUUAUUUAAUACAAAAUAUUGUAUAGAGUAUUCUGAUUAUUUCGAUUUGUUUGACCAUAUUUUAUUGUUUAUUUGAUAGUAUUUAUAGCUCUUAAAUCAUUAGGAGACAUACAAAGUCAAUAACAAACACAGUAACAACUUACAAACAAAUUCACUGUACGAACGGUCGUUCGGAACGUAACUCGUUCGUAAGGUGGGAACCGUCUAUACUCUCGUGUUUGUAGUACAUUUUAUGUGUUUAAAUAUUUUACUGUCAGCUUAGAUCAGUCUGGUGAUUCUCCUCAACUUUCUCCUCAGUGGUCAUUAGCAGGGUUGCCAUUAACUGCAUGAAAACCCUCCACUUGCAGAAUUGUUUUUGUUCGUUUUUUGCAGUAUUCUGUGUAAAUAUUAGAACCUGUUGUUUGUACAAUCCCUAGGUGAUCAGCGGUUUCUGACAUACUGAAACCAGCCCACCUGGCACCAACAUCCAUGCAACAGUUAAAGUCACAGAGAUAACAUUUUUGCUUAAUGUCUAAUGUUAAAAUGAACAAAAUCUUUGACCUGUAUCUGCAUGAUUUUUCUGCAUCUGAUCAUCUGAUUGGAUGUCUACAUAAAUGUGAAAGUGUACAGAUGUUUCUAAUAAAGUUGUUGUCUGAUGAGUGUCCAAUGA